AUGUCGGUGUUGUCAACUGGAAAAGCUGGAAAUGUGAAAGCACCUAUUGAGCUACCUUCUUCCCAUCCUCAUCCAACUAAAAGACCUGACCAGAAGAAGCCCAGUCAUAAAAGACCGGACUUGAGGAUAAACCCAGUAGUCCCCAUGGCUAUGGAUUUCCUAAUGAUUGGGAAAAUGGUGGAUGGUCAAAAAUUUACUGGACUCAUAGCACCAAGUAACAACAAUGGUAACAACUACUAUGGUUACACACAAGGUUUUUACCAAGAACUUGGUGAUGGUACAAACAUGUCCAUUGACAGUUUACAAACGAGCCAUGCUGGUGGGUCUGUCUCAAUGUCGGUGGACAACAGUAGUGUCGGAUCCAAUGAUUCUUUAACUCACAUGUUGAGCCAUCCAGGUUUAAAACCUGUCAACCACCGUAACUACAGUGUCUCAGUGGGCCAGAGUGUGUUUCGUCCAGGGAAAGUCACCCAUGCACUAAAUGAUGAUGCGCUAGCACAAGCAUUGAUGGAUAAUCGGUAUCCAACUGAGGGACUACAGCAUUAUGAUGACUGGACAAUUGAUUUGAGAAAACUCAAUAUGGGUACAGCUUUUGCCCAAGGUGCUUUUGGAAAGUUAUACAGGGGGACAUAUAAUGGGGAGGAUGUUGCGAUUAAGAUAUUGGAGAGGCCAGAGAAUAUCCUGGAGAAGGCUCAAGUGAUGGAACAGCAGUUCCAGCAGGAAGUUAUGAUGCUUGCAAAUUUAAAGCACCCGAACAUUGUACGGUUUCUUGGUGGAUGCCGGAAGCCCAUGGUUUGGUGUAUCGUAACAGAGUAUGCAAAAGGUGGGUCAGUUCGGCAGUUUUUGACUAGGAGGCACAAUCGGGCAGUACCUUUGAAAUUAGCAGUUAAACAGGCUUUAGAUGUUGCAAGAGGAAUGGCAUAUGUUCAUGAACUUGGGUUUAUACACCGGGAUUUGAAAUCAGAUAACCUCUUAAUUGCAGCAGAUAAAUCAAUAAAAAUUGCUGAUUUUGGGGUUGCGCGGAUUGAGGUACAGACUGAAGGGAUGACACCUGAAACCGGGACAUACCGUUGGAUGGCUCCAGAGAUGAUUCAGCAUAGGCCCUACACUCAAAAGGUGGAUGUGUACAGCUUUGGAAUCGUUCUUUGGGAGCUCAUAACAGGUUCCCUUCCCUUCCAGAACAUGACAGCUGUGCAGGCUGCAUUUGCUGUGGUGAACAAGGGGGUAAGGCCGAUUAUCCCAUAUGAUUGUCUCCCCGUGCUGAGCGAAAUAAUGACACGCUGCUGGGAUGCCAACCCUGAAGUCCGUCCCCCCUUCACUGAGAUUGUCAGGAUGCUAGAGAAUGCUGAAACUGAGAUCAUGACCAAUGUGCGCAAGGCACGCUUCAGGUGCUGCAUGGCUCAACCCAUGACAACUCUAGCUGAAGAAUUGAAUUCAGACAUUGUUGCUGCUGCUGCUGCUGCUGUUGAUCCCUUCUUCUUCCUUUCACUAAUUACUAGUAACCAUCAGGGUCCAUCAAUUGGAGAUACUGCACUAUCUAAUGAGCGUGACUAA